UUCGUUUCCGUUUUCUCUCUCUCGUUCUCCCUUCUCUUCGCUCUCGCCAGCAGUAGAAGCUCCUGUGCUCCGAAGAAGCCAAAGGCAAGGAUAUGAGUAGUUUAGUUGAGAGACUCCGAAUUCGGUCAGAUAGAAAGCCUUUGUAUGAUGUAGAUGAAUCAGAUGAUGAAGCUGAUCUUGUACAUCGAAAAUCUGGGGCUACACAGGAAAAGCUUGAAAGGAUAAUCCGGAGUGAUGCUAAAGAUGAUGCAUGUCAAGCAUGUGGGGAAAAAGGGAAUCUUCUAAAUUGUGAGACAUGCACUUAUGCUUACCAUCCCAAGUGUUUACUCCCACCGCUAAAAGCUCCUCUCCCCAACAGCUGGAGUUGCCCAGAAUGUGUGAGCCCCCUGAAUGACAUUGACAAGAUAUUGGACUGUGAAAUGAGACCUACUGUAGCUGGUGAUAGUGAUGCCUCAAAACUUGGCUCAAAGCAAAUAUUUGUUAAACAGUACCUUGUGAAAUGGAAGGGACUAUCUUAUUUGCACUGCACAUGGGUGCCGGAGAAGGAGUUUCAUAAAGCUUUCAAAGCACAUCCUCGCCUGAGGACUAAAGUAAAUAACUUCCAUCGUCAAAUGGCAUCAGUUAAUAACUCUGAAGAUGACUUUGUUGCAAUUCGACCUGAAUGGACAACUGUUGACCGCAUCCUCGCUUGCAGGGGAAAAGCUAAUGAGAGAGAGUAUUAUGUAAAGUGGAAAGAGCUUCCUUAUGAUGAAUGUUACUGGGAGCUUGAAUCAGAUAUCUCUGCAUUUCAACCUGAAAUUGAAAGGUUUCAUAAAAUUCAGUCCAGAUCUCACCGCCCAUCUUCAAGUAAGCAGAAGAGCACUCUCCGUGAUAUAAAAGAAUCAAAAAAGAAGCAGAAAGAAUUUCAACAGUAUGAACACAGCCCUAACUUCCUUUCUGGAGGCUCAUUACAUCCAUAUCAGCUGGAGGGACUGAAUUUCUUACGCUUUUCUUGGUCUAAACAAACACAUGUUAUCCUUGCUGAUGAAAUGGGUCUUGGAAAAACUAUACAGAGUAUAGCAUUUCUAGCAUCUCUUUGGGAGGAGAGUCUUUAUCCUCAUUUAGUAGUGGCUCCUCUUUCAACUUUGCGUAACUGGGAACGUGAAUUUGCAACAUGGGCACCCCAAAUGAAUGUUGUAAUGUAUUUUGGGUCUGCUCAAGCUCGUGCUGUUAUUAGGGAAUAUGAAUUUUACUAUCCAAAAGGCGAAUUCAAGAAGCACAAGAAAAAAAAGGCCAACCAAGUUGUCACUGAUAGCAAGCAAGAAAGGAUAAAAUUUGACGUCCUUUUAACAUCUUAUGAAAUGAUUAACCUAGAUACUGUCUCUUUGAAACCAAUAAAGUGGGAGUGUAUGAUUGUUGAUGAGGGCCAUCGCCUUAAGAAUAAAGAUUCAAAACUGUUUCUGUCCUUGAAGCAAUAUUCGAGUAGACAUCGUAUACUUUUAACUGGCACUCCUCUUCAGAAUAACCUGGAUGAGUUAUUCAUGCUCAUGCACUUUCUUGAUGCUGGAAAGUUUGGAAGUUUGGAGGAAUUUCAGGAGGAGUUCAAGGAUAUCAAUCAAGAGGAGCAGAUUGCCAGGCUUCAUAAAAUGCUAGCUCCACAUCUUCUUAGAAGAGUGAAGAAGGAUGUCAUGAAAGAGUUGCCUCCUAAAAAGGAACUUAUUUUGCGUGUUGAAUUGAAUAGCAAGCAGAAAGAAUACUACAAAGCCAUUCUGACCCGUAACUAUCAACUACUAACUCGCCGGGGUGGUCCUCAGAUUUCUCUAAUCAAUGUGGUAAUGGAACUACGCAAGCUUUGUUGUCAUGCAUAUAUGUUAGAAGGAGUCGAACCAGAGAUAGAGGACACUGGUGAAGCUUACAAGCAGUUGUUAGAUUCUUCUGGGAAGUUGCAGUUAUUGGACAAGAUGAUGGUCAAGCUAAAAGAGCAGGGGCAUAGAGUUCUGAUAUAUUCACAAUUUCAGCACAUGCUGGACUUGCUGGAAGACUACUUGGCUUAUAAGAAAUGGCACUAUGAACGGAUAGAUGGCAAAGUUGCUGGAGCAGAAAGGCAAGUCCGCAUAGACCGUUUCAAUGCCAAGAAUUCUUCAAGAUUUUGUUUUCUGCUUUCUACUAGAGCAGGGGGAUUGGGAAUAAAUCUUGCAACUGCAGACACUGUUAUUAUUUAUGACAGUGAUUGGAAUCCCCAUGCCGAUCUACAAGCAAUGGCCAGAGCUCACCGGCUUGGGCAAACUAAUAAGGUAAUGAUUUAUAGGCUCAUAACGCGAGGAACCAUUGAAGAAAGGAUGAUGCAGAUGACAAAGAAGAAAAUGGUUUUAGAGCAUCUAGUUGUGGGCCGGCUUAAGACACAAAACCUUAAUCAGGAAGAGUUGGAUGAUAUCAUCAGAUAUGGUUCAAAGGAGCUAUUUGCUGAUGAAAGUGAUGAGGCUAAGGCCCGACAAAUUCAUUAUGAUGAUGCUGCUAUAGAUAGAUUACUUGAUCGUGAGAAAGUUGAUGAUGAAGAAGCAACAGUGGACGAUGAAGAGGAAGAUGGCUUUUUAAAGGCCUUUAAGGUAGCAAAUUUUGAAUAUAUAGAUGAAGUGGAAGCUGCAGCUGAAGAGGAAGCUCGAAAGGAUUCUGCAGCAAAUAAAACUAAUCUCACUAAUUCAGAAAGAACAAAUUAUUGGGAGGAACUUUUAAAGGAUAGAUAUGAAGUCCAUAAAAUCGAACAAUUUACUGCUUUGGGCAAGGGAAAAAGAAGCCGCAAACAAAUGGUAUCUGUUGAAGAAGAUGACCUUGCUGGUCUGGAAGAUGCAAGUUCAGAUGGUGAGGAUGAUAGUAAUGAAGCUGAAUGGACUGAUGUUGAAAUAAUUGCUUCUGGAGCCGGAUCUGGAAAAAGGCCUCAGAAGAAGAAAUCCCGCGUGGAUAGUUCAGAACCACUUCCUCUGAUGGAAGGUGAAGGGAAAUCGUUUCGAGUUCUUGGAUUCAAUCAAAACCAAAGAGCUGCAUUUGUCCAAAUAUUGAUGAGGUAUGGUGUAGGGGAAUUUGAUUGGAGAGAAUUCACUCCUCGGUUGAAGCAAAAAUCUUUUGAAGAAAUUAAGGAAUAUGGAACUCUUUUCUUGUCACACAUUUCUGAAGAUAUAACUGAGUCACCAUGCUUUUCAGAUGGUGUUCCAAAGGAAGGACUUAGGAUAGGAGAUGUACUUGUUAGGAUUGCAGUUUUGCUUUUAAUAAGGGACAAGGUGAAGAUUAUGGCAGAAAUGCCUGGUACGUCCCUUUUUGCAGAAGACAUUGUAUUACGUUUCCCAGGAUUGAAGAAUGGCAAAUCAUGGAAGGAAGAGCAUGAUUUAUUGUUAUUGCGAGCAGUAUUGAAGCAUGGCUAUGGAAGAUGGCAAGCAAUUGUUGAAGACAAGGAUUUGCUUUUUCAGGAAAUAAUUUGUCAGGAGCAGAAUCUCCCCUUUAUAAAUGUCUCUGUCACGGGUGGAGUACAAAUUCAUGAUGGUUCAAAUAUGACUCAGCCUGAUGGGCCAUCUUGUAACCAGUUAAAGGUAGCCGGCAGUGGAAAUGAAUCUGGAUCUGAUACUAUUUCCCAAAAUGCAUCUGAAAUUGCAAGUAGAAGCCAAGUAUAUCAAGAUCCUUCCCUCUUAUAUCAUUUCAGAGAGAUGCAGAGAAGACAAGUUGAAUUCAUUAAGAAAAGGGUGCUUCUCUUAGAGAAGGCACUCAAUGCAGAAUACCAGAAGGAAUACUUUGGUGAUUUCAAACCAAAUGACACUUCAAAUGGAGAACCUGAAACUGAAACCAAGGUUCCAGACAUGUCAAGUCCAAGCUCCUUGGAUGUUGACACUGAAAUGAUUGAUCAGCUCCCUUCGGUAGAACCAAUUGGGCCAGAAGAAUUAUCAACACUGGCCUGUGAUGACAGACCAGAUCGUUUGGAGAUGGGCCGGCUCUAUAACGAGAUUUGUAAAGUCGUAGCAGAUAACACCAAUGAAUCAAUCCAUACAUACAUGGGGAGCAAGUCUGCGGGUGCUAGAUUGAGAAAGAACCUAAUUCCGCUUGAGUCUCUUUAUGAGGAUGUACACCGAAUUCUUGCUCCUUUGGACCAAAAUUCCAUUACCUCGGAACAAUUAAAUGUAAAUCCAAAUCAAUCAAUACAGCUUGAAGGUCAGAAUGUUGUUGCAGAACGUGGUGCAUCAUCAGCCAAAGAGGAAGAUGGUUGUCGACCUGUUUCAAAGUUUGAAUCUGAGCCAAAUGUUCCUACAGAGGAUUCAGAUCCUUCAGGUGCCACAAAUUCUGGAAGGGAAAGCAGUAAAUUGUCACGUACAGCUUCUGCAUCAGCAGAUCAGUUGGCAAGAGAAUCCUCUUCUUCACCAAAGAGAGUUGAAGGUGAUGAGAUGGUAACGAAAAAAGACGAUGGUAAUGUUGCACUAAAUGAGACCGCAGCAAAAUCUGAAGCAAAUGUCAUUAUUUUAGAUGAUUGAUUAUAUCGUAACGCCCGCUCAAGCUGUGCUAUGUUUUCCCUGUUUCCUCUUUUUGUACUCUUCAUUUCUUCAUAAAUUCAUUAACAUGGGGGACACAAGCUUAAGUUUGUUGCCUCCAGUGUUGUAAUUUUGAUGGUGCUGCUUUGUGAGAACAAUUCAGUGUAAUCUAGUCACUGGUUAAUGUUGAUUAAAGUUGAAAUAUACACGAGCUUCCACCUUGGGUAAUUACCGGAA